UUUGCCUAUGUCUGGCGCCUGGUGAUGACGCAAGCCUCCUGAUUGGCUCUGCAGCGGAGGCGGUGGGCCGCGAGUUCUGCGAGCGGAACACGUGUUAUCUUCUGCAAGGAGUUUAAGGGUCCUGGCGGUACCGAGUGUUGUAAUCUGCGGGCUUCUGCCAGCUCAGAAUCUCACCAGUGAGAUUGCCGGACAUAUACACAUCUGAGAGAGAAAAGGACCUCGUUUCCCCCGGCCCCAGCCCGAGGGUGAGCUGUUCAGCCGGAAGUGUUUCUGAAUUUACCAGGUACUUGGAACCUGGAAGAAUCCCUAGUGAUGAAGCUGAGUCUCAUCAAAGUCGUUAAUGGCUGUCGUCUAGGAACAAUACAGAACCUGGGCAAAGCAGGCGACUGCACGGUGGACAUUCCGGGCUGUCUUCUCUACACCAGGACUGGCUCGGCCCCACACCUGACGCAUCACACACUGCACAAUAUCCAUGGGGUCCCAGCCAUGGCCCAGCUCACACUGUCAACCUUGGCAGAACAUCAUGAAGUCUUGGCAGAGUAUAAGAAAGGAGUUGGGAGCUUUAUAGGCAUGCCAGAUUCCCUCUUCUACUGCUCCCUGCACGACCCAGUCAGCCCCGGCCCUGCUGGUUAUGUGACAAAUAAGUCUGUGUCCGUGUGGGGUUUUGGAGGUCGCGUGGAAAUGACUGUUUCCAAGUUCAUGGCAAUUCAGGAGGCCCUGCAGCCAGACUGGUUCCAGUGCCUCUCAGAUGGGGAGGCAUCGUGUACAGAUGCAACUUCCAUCAAAAGGGCCAGGAAGUCUGUGGAUCGGUCACUUCAGUUCCUGGACAGCUGUUUGCGACUACAGGAAGAGUCUGAGGUCCUUCAGAAAAGUGUGGUCAUUGGAGUGAUUGAAGGUGGAGAUGUGAUGGAAGAGAGGUUGAGGUCGGCACGAGAGACAGCCAAGCGGCCCGUGGGGGGCUUCCUUCUGGACGGCUUUCAAGGGAACCCCACGGUCCCAGAAACCAGGCUGCACUUGCUGUCGUCAGUCACCAAAGAGCUGCCGGAGGACAAACCAAGGCUCAUCUGCGGGGUCAGCCGGCCAGAUGAAGUGCUCGAGUGUGUUGAAAGAGGAGUGGACUUAUUUGAGAGUUUUUUCCCCUAUCAAGUGACGGAGCGGGGCUGUGCCCUGACUUUCACCUUUGAUUGCCAGCUGAAUCCUGAAGAGACAUUAUUGCAACAAAAUGGAAUCCAAGAAGAAAUAAAAUGCUUGGAUCAAAUAAAGAAAAUCGAAGCAACUGGGUGCAACCAAGAAAUGACAUCAUUGGAAAUUAAUCUGAAAGAGAAAAAGUACCAGGAAGACUUUCGCCCGCUCGUGAGCGGGUGCUCCUGUUACUGCUGUAAGAAUCACACUCGCGCGUACAUCCACCAUUUGCUGGUGACCAAUGAGCUUCUGGCCGGCGUCCUGCUUAUGACGCACAACUUUGAACACUACUUCAAGUUUUUCUGCUCCAUCCGGGAAGCACUCAAAAGUGACACACUGCCACAGUUGAAAGAACUCAUCCGCAGACAAAUGUCUUGAGAACUGGAAAAUGCACACCUGCCUUGUCUCUGGAAACAGUUAAGAAGCAGAGAUCUGAGCUUUCAACCUUCAUGGUGGGACUGAAGACGUCUGCCUCAAACGGUCCAUGGGAGUGUAGAGGAAGGUCUUCUGGAGAGUUCAGUGGACAUUGAUCACAUUGAUUUGAACCAUGAUUUAAACUUUCUAGGCUUAUUCCACUAGGAGAUAGAGAUUCAUUUAGUGAAGACAACGCGUUAGAUGGAGAGAGACUUUUGAAAGGGUGACGAGCUUCUGAUGGCUGAAUGGAGAAGACUGUGUGAGUAGCUUGUCAUCUGAGGCACAGCCAUUGCCCGGAGAAGGAAUUCACUGAUUCCACCAAAGGUUUUUUGGUUGUUUCUCCUCAUGCUCUCAGGGCCUUGGGGCAUACUUUGGAUUUCAGUGCUCCCAUGACAGUGCAGUCAUUCAGAAGGGCUCCCUUGACUCACCCAUGCUCAGCUCCCUUGGAAUAUGGGGCUCACAUAGUGCUUUUAUGAUCAGUUGACUUCAGUUGGCCACUUGGUCUAUUUGUGACGACUUGUGUUCCAAAGGCCAGCAUACUUACCCAUUAAGAACCAAAUUUUGCCUGGCUGCUUUUGUCUGGUUGCACAGAUCCAACAUGACCUGUCCCAGGCUCAUAAACUGCCUAACUGCAUAAUGACUAGCUCUGUCACGUGGGGGAGAUUCCUUUGCUGUGUGUUUAUGUUAUGUGGACAGAAUCCUGGCCUGGCCGUAGAGGAUCGGUUUGCAUUCCACUCAGCUGUAAGCUCAGGCAGAUCCUGACUUUUUCCAUGCCUGUUUUUCAGAGUAAAUGGGGACAGGCAUGGCGGAUGGGACCAGAUGAUAUCUGUUUGAAGCAAAAUGUUUAGAAUCUCAGCCAUACUCGUCACCUUUAAAUAUUAAUUACUAUUGGCCUGACUUUUGGUGAUUGGCAUCUGCAGGCCCUGAGGCUGGUUGUCCUUCCUGGGUUUUUUGUGAAUCUAUGUUUGUUUGUUUUUAGUGUGUGCUUUUCUAUAUUUAUCAAUUUUUCUAAAGAAUACACA